CAAUUCUGAGGAUGUUUGUGUGUUUGUGUGCUAGACCGUGAGUAGACAAACCUGCUGGCAGAUCAAAUCAUUUUGAAAAUUAAGACAUCUUGUAGAGCAGCAUUUCAGGCGAAGAUAUAAAUACCGGCGUCGAUCUGCUCCUAUUUUAUCCAAAGAUAGAGUGGAGAAACUUGAGUUGAGUGCCUCGACGCACCAGGCUUAUGAAUGGGAAAAGUAUUGCCUGAGUUUUAGGCCUUCAGUUACAUGCUGCAUGUGUAGGUAGUACCUUUACCGCAGAUUACACAGUUUGGGGAGCUGCACCAUACAGAAUUGUAUAUAGUUCAUGGAAGCAAUACACCAUAUGUGUGUGGCUCAUUUAUUAGAGGAUCAAUGUGACAUACAAACAUAAUGGAGAACAUCGAGUAUCAUCGUUUGGCCGCCAGUGAGGAUGAUGGUUCUGUACCAAAAGAGACCAAGAUUAGUCCAUGGAUUGGCAGAAAAAGUAAAUGGAAAAAGUGCUUUCGAAAAAUAAGCUAUUACAGAAGGAGUAAGCUGAAUUCUUUCAUGACAUUGCUGUGUGUGGUCACUUUCUGCUGUUGCUGUCUUGUUGCUCUUGUCUUGGCCAUCGUCUUCAGUGGAAAGUCCAAGAGUGCUACCUAUGAUGAGACACCAUGGUUCCGGCCACAAUAUCACUACACCCCAAAGAAAAACUGGAUGAAUGACCCAAAUGGACUGAUUUAUCACAAUGGGGAAUAUGAGCUGUACUUUCAGUACAAUCCUUAUGGUAGUCACUGGGGUCACAUGAGUUGGGGCCAUGCUAAGAGUAAAGACAUGGUGCACUGGGAACAGCAGCCAGUGGCGCUGAUGGAGGCAGACGGAGUCAUGAUCUUUUCUGGCAGCGCCGUUGUUGACACAAACAAUACUUCUGGGUUUGGAAACAAAACACAUCCACCUCUUGUAGCCUUGUAUACCGGAUUUGUAGAGUCAGAUAAAAUCCAAGAUCAGCGAGUAGCUUACAGCAAUGACAAUGGCAUGAGUUGGAUUAACUAUGAAAAUAACCCAGUUUUAGACCGCCACAGUGAGAAUUUUAGGGAUCCAAAGGUGUUUUGGCACCCUCCCACUAAAUCAUGGUGCAUGUUAGCUGUUCUGGCCCAGAAACACACCAUCCUAUUUUACACCUCAGUAAACCUGAUAGAUUGGACCCUGGCAUCAGAGUUCAUCCCAUCUCCCAGCACUGGCGUCAGCAUUGAGGGAAACUGGGAGUGUCCUGAUUUGUUCCCGCUGAAGGUGAUAGGGGCAGCCAAUCAAAUAAAGUGGAUUCUGAAGGUGGACACCAGUGGCAACCGCACAGAAAUGUCCAGAACUGGGGCCCAGUACUUCAUAGGUGAAUUUAAUGGUACCCACUUUGUGGCAGCAGGAAAGUCUCAGUGGCUGGACUCUGGGAUGGAUUUCUAUGCGUCCAAUACCUGGAACAACAGGUACAGCCAUGAUGGAAGGAUGAUUAUAAUUGGCUGGGCUUGCAAUUGGUAUUACUCAGAGAACAUCCCCACCUCUCCUUUCCGAGGUAUGAUGAGUAUUCCGCGGGUCUUGUCUCUGCUGCCAUAUGGGGAUGGACUGCGCCUGGCACAACAGCCAAUACAGGAGCUGCAAUCUCUGCGCGGUGACCCAAUCACGUUUGCUCCUAACCCAGUUGUCACAGCAGAUGGCUAUGCAGUGCAAUUCAACACAAAUCACGUAAGGUCUCUUGAAAUUUUCCUCAAUGUGACGGUGCUCUCCAGAGACAAGCUGAAGGAGUUUGGUUUAAAGCUCAUGAAAGGUCCUAGCCAGGAACUUGUGAUAGGAUGGAGAUCUGAUGACCAAUCUUUCUUCAUAAACCGUACGGCAUCAGGGAUCGUGGACAUGGCGCCUCAUUUUCCUGUGGUGAACUGUACACAGGUUCCGCUGAAUCAAGAUGGCCGAAUGUGGGCACAAAUUUUUCUCGACUGGUGUUCCGUGGAGGUUUUCGUUAACGGAGGCGUUGUGACCUUCACCGACCUUUUCUUCCCAGAUACCAACCAGGACAUAAUGGAAUUUUAUUGGACAGGUGCCAAGGACGCCAUCACAUAUGACUUGGGUGGUUACGAGAUGACUUCCAUUUGGAAAAAAGCAAAGAACUGAGAAGUGUAAAAAUUUUCUUCCCACCAUUAGAUUCAGCCAAUUUGGUCAUAGACUUGCAUCAGUCGUCAGUGAGUAGCAAUUCACGACAGUCUCAUGAAAGUCUAAGACCAGGUUAGCCACAAGGUAACAGUAGGAAGAAUCUUUUAUGAUCCAACUAAUACUAGCCAGUGAACUUUUGCUCAUUUAUGAAAUAUUCUCAUGUUGGAUGGAUGUGCAUAUUAUAUUUUCAUCUUUUUAGGGUAAAUAUAAGUGUGGUAAAAGGGUAAAGAGAUUGAAAGAGAUUUUAUUUUGAAAAAAAAAGUGCUUCAGGAUGAAAUGUUUUUGGAAAAAUUAAGAGUAUAAAUUUAAAAAUAAUUGAGUGGUAGCAGGGUUUUAUCCUGAUAUUUUCCUGCUGUUCAGUUGCAAUUUUUGACUUUGCUGUGACAUAACUACUAUAUGUACAGAUAAGAUUGGGAAAUGGCAAUAAGAGUAUUAGAUUAUGUUUUUUGAUUGCUACAUCUUUUUUUUUUUACUAUGAUAUCUCUCAGUUUGUUGACAAGCAGAAAAAAUUGUUGGGGGAUAAAGUGGUUUUUAUGCAAGUUGGGUAUUUUAGAGCAAGAACAGUAUUUUAUAUAAUGUUUUCUCAAGAAGUGAAAUUGUAAUAAUUUAUAAUAUUAUAUAAUAAUCCUUGAUAGGAAAAAAGGAAUAGAAUAUGGGUUAUUGAUGAUUUUAUGUUAUCAGCUUGUAUUUUUGAGUCAUUUGACAUUUAUUUAUCUAUCUUUUUAUCUAUUUAUUUAUUUAUUUAUUUAUUUAUUUAUUAGAACAGUCAGUACAGGAGCUUGUCAUUGUAUACAUUCCUAAAACAUUAUCUUGCCAUCAUUCUUAAGUCAUCAGAUAACAUUUAUGGGGCUUUGCAAAGAUGUAAGGUUAUAAAAUAUUGUUACUCUGUCUUCCAUUUUUCUUCUAAGCUUUUCACAGCUGGCAAAUAAUUUAGGGCUUCAUUUGUUUGGAAGACAUUAAGAUUUUUUCAUAGAUCUAAGCCACUGUGUAAAGAUAAUGGGCAAAACAAUAUUUUUGUGCAAUACUUAGGUAUAUCACACACAGCUGAUCAUGAAUAUGUUUGUUUGUGGAUUAUACAGAUUUAUAUGUGUGUAUUUGGCAUUGAAUAGAGAUUUAGUUGACAUGACUGUGCAGAGAAAGCACUUUUUAUAUAAAUUAUGAAAGAAUAAUUUAGGUAUAGCUUGAGAUGAGAUGCUGGACAAAAGUGGUGUUCAUACCAAAUCUCACUUCAACCAGUAAUAUGUAUAAUACAACAAACCUGUUCUCACCAAGUUUAAUUUAAAACCAAAAACAGACAGAUGUUAAUUCUGAUGCAAACAUGCCCAAGAUGGACUGGAGGACUGUGAUAAGGUUUUUGCACAUAUCAUGUUGCUCUGUUAGUAUUUGUAUCUAAGAGACCAUUCCCAGAGACUAUCGUACUAACUUUGGAUCGAUCUGUCUCCAAGGGGGUUCUCACUAUCCUAUCAACUUAAGCGGCUUAGAUGUCCUACAUGCCCGCUGAAGCUAUUAGAGGGUAAUUAACUAUCGUUUAGCGACUUCAGUAGGCAUGCCAGAUAUAUAAGCCUUUUAAGCUAAUAGCAAUUUAGUGAGAAACCCAUUGAAGAUGGGUCGAUCCAGUUAGAUCAAUCUAGGCAUGGGAACCCAGUCUAUGUUUAUGUUGACUAUUUUGACUGUUCAUUGAAGUACAGUAUGGCCCAUUGGUCCCAAAUCCUACAGGACAUUCAUAAAAGGGUAGCAUGAUUGAAGAACAGGUGUUAUGAGUAGACUUGAGGUGGCCUGAGAUUCAGAGGUUGCUGGGGACUCUUCUGUUUUUAUGUACAGACACAGAUGUGUCUGUACAUAUUGCCAUCACCUGCGUCUGUCGUCGCC